UUUUCUUCCUUGGUCACUUGGUGAAUUUCAAAAAUGGGGGAAAUGCUAACUGUGGAAGCUACGACUGGACAACAUAAUGAGAGGUUAUUUUCACAACAAAAGGACUCAUCAGGCACACCUGCCCCAUUCCUGUCACACUCUAUUGAAGAUAUAUUAAAAAGACCAUCCUUUUUGGCUGAAAGGGGAAUGCAGAAGAUUGAUGGUAACAUGUCAGAAGAUAUUUGGACAACCAAUGGAAAGCAUGAUCUCAAAUCUAGCCAUUACACAGUGUGUCAGCUGGGUCACAGAAGAGUACGGGCCACGUUCACAGCUGAUCAGCUUGAGGAACUGGAAAGAGUUUUUCAAUACACUCAUUACCCAGAUGUUCAUACCAGAGACUGGCUUGCCGCACAUACCCAUUUGUCCGAGGGGAGAGUUCAAAUCUGGUUCCAGAACAGAAGAGCCAAGUGGAGACGGACUAAAAUGCUGGAAAGAAACAGAAUCCAGUUGGAGAGUACCACAAGCAGAUGCAUACACUCUCCCAAAACGUCCUGUUUCUUUACACAAAAGCAUCACCUGCCUGCAUCAUUUUACCCUCCUGUUCAUGUGUCUGAGAUCUGCACCCGAGAGCUGUACCCCGUUAUUGGGUCUCAUCAGUUCCAUGGGCUACCAUACCAGCCAUGGUUCUCAAACUAUAGACUUCAUCAUGCCCACACACACAGCAAGUGAAUGUAACUUCAUUUAUUUUCCUGCUUUAUUAGAAUGUUAUGCAAAGUCAAUAUUGAGAUAUAGAAAUAUAUGAAUUUUAUUAUGUGUGUGUGUGUGUGUGUGUGUGUGUGUGUGUGUGUGUGUGUGUGUGUGUGUGUGUGUGUUUUCAGCUGAAAAAUGACUUGAUUAAUCAUAUAAAAGUUUUUUGUAAAGUUAAUCUAAAUAAUAUGGCAGAUUUUAUUGUGUUGGAGUGUAUGUGCACGUGUGUACUAGUGUGUGUUAAUUUGUGUUGAAAUGUUUGUUUGUGUCUCUGCUGGUGCGUGCGUGUGCGUGCGUGCGUGUGUGUGCGUGUUAAUUUGUGUUGAAAUGUUUGUUUGUGUCUCUGCUAGUGUGUGUGCGUGCGUGCAUGCGUGCAUGCAUGCGUGUGUGUUUGCGUGUGUGUGUACAGGCAAUUCACUGGCAAAAGUGGCAAAUCUCUAAGGACUAUAAGAAAGCAAUUAUGGCUGAUGUAUCAGAUGAACCAAGUAUACUUAUAUCUUCAGCCAAAAAUGUCCAUUGAUGCCUAUUGCUUCUUCAUUUUCUUCUGCUCUUCUUGUUCUUCUAUUUAGUUUUUUUCAGUAGAAGUAGUUUUCCACAUUGAUUUUGUUGUUGACAUUUCCAAUUAUAUCUGGAUUGGUUUAUUGCCCCUCUAAUAAAGUGGCUUAUCUUAAUAUGCGUAGGUCAUGAUAAGGUGAUGAUUAAAGCAUAUGGCACAUUCACUUUACAACUAAACCAUAACUUAUUUUAGAAACGAGCAAGUUGAAAAGGAGUGAACAAUAACAAAAGCAUCAUAAUUAUCAGAAAAGAAGCAUAAUCUGUUUCUGCAUGACAAGGUUUAGUUGUUGCAAAGAGAAUCAGGCUACAUACCAAUCAGUUCCUUGUCCACAUUUUUUUGGAUUUCUAAUUUUGUUGUGGUAGUGAGAUUAAGACAUGGAAUAAAAUAUCUGGGUUUUUUUAGUAAAAAUGUAUAUGUCUUACUUGAAUGAUUCCUCUGAAAAUGUAAAUUAAUACAGCAAAUUAAAGCUUAUGUCUUUGGUUUACAGUGAAUUCCUCCACCCAGGUCAAUACUUGAUGGUUAAUAUCUGGCUCUGUCUCUGAAAUAUGUUUUCCAGACAGAUAUGAGCAGACAAAACUAAACUGAUUGGACCAUUUUCUCAAAGAACUAAACAGAAGCAAGGAAGCUGGAACAUAACUUUUUAGAUGAAAAUAUAUCUCCAUAUUUGAGAUAUAUGUAAAUAUCAUAGUACACUAAGAUGAGUAACUGAGAUCUUGCUUUGAAAAUUUGACAUUGCAGAUUAUACUAAACAGCCUCUGACAUAUGUAAAGCAGUUAGAAGGGACUACAACUAAAAGGAUUUAGAAAAAUGGGCUGGAGUAUGGUACUAAUUAAUGACUUUAUAAAACUCUGGGGUGAAGACCAAGGAGUAAUUUGGUCAAGAUUUAGAAAAAUGAUGAAAGUAACUUCAGAGAUUCUUUCAGUAGAAUAUUUGAGCUACAUGACUUUCCCUACUUUACAUUAUCUGUCAGCAAGUGGAAUGUAAUGGAUUUUUUUUCAAAUGAAUAUAAAGAUUAUAAAUACAUUUAUAUUUAGAUAUUUCAUGUGCAGUCUAUGUGGUUGAGGAAGUCAACACCUGAGGUAAAUUUUAUUGAUACCAAACAUUUACUAUUAUUAAUUACUUUACACAUUACACUGAAAUUUACACUGAAACUGUAAGCCAGUGUGUCAAACUGGACCAGGCCAAAGGGUGUAUGUGUUUUUAUAACUGUGGUCUUACCUUGACAUUAUUACUCUUGUGUUCAACUUUUCACCUCAGCCUUAUCAACAUUUAUAACUAACUGACACCAGAAUGAACUCGUGUUUAUUACCGUGUUAUAUUAUCGUGUAUUACCUCGUGUUUAUCAGUCCUUAUGGCAUUAAAAUGCAUGGAACAAGACUUGACUGUGGUUCAGCUAGAAGUUAUAGUUAUUUCCACAUAAGCACUUCUAGUCUAUUUUUAUUAUUAUUGUUAAAUAUGUGAACACACUUUAUUAAAACGUUACAUAACACAAAACAUCAAUAUUCAUGACCAUUGUCACACCAUCACCUACAGCCUUUCUAAACGAAAAAGUGUCACAAAUCAAUAUAUUGUUUUAUGUGUAUGUCUAAAAAAGGGUGGUUGUAACCUGUUGGUUACUGUUGUAACCAAGACUUUGGU